UCCGCGAGAGCCCGUAGGAAGCGAAAAGAGAGAAACCGGAGAAAAGAGAGAAUGGGGCGGUUGACUCCGCGACAACAGGAGGAAUAAUAACCCAUUAAACAGAGAAAUAAAGAAGACUGAAGACGGAGAAACUCGCAGGGAACAAACUUUCCGGAGGGGAAAACAGUUACAGACUUCGCAAACGGCCACGGUUUAAAACAUGGAUACACUUUUCUCCUUUUCCCCGGGACUCCUGUUUCUCCUCUCCACACUUUUAUCAACCGUCUCCGGUCAGAUACCGACAGGAAGUUGCACGUUUGACGAGGGCUUCUCUCAGUGCGAUUACCAACAAGAUCCUUAUGAUGACUUCGACUGGACGCACAUCAACACCCAAGAAGUGCCCUAUGUAUCCCCAGACCUGCCCCAAGGUUCUUACAUGUAUGUGGACGUCUCUCAGUAUGAUGCUGGGGAGAAGGCCAGGUUUCAGUUGCCAGUGAUGAAGGAGAACGAUACACACUGUAUUGACUUCAAUUAUCUUCUCACCAGCCGUGAUGGCUCCAGCCCCGGCACCCUCAAUGUCCUGGUGAAGGUCAACAAGGGACCUUUGGCUAACCCUAUAUGGAACGUUACAUCCUAUACUGGUAAAGACUGGCUGAGAGCUGAACUGGCCGUCUCCACCUUUUGGCCUAAUGAAUAUCAGGUCAUAUUCGAAGCUGAGGUUUCGGACAGCAAAGCCGGCUUCAUCGCCAUAGAUGACAUUCAGGUGCUCAGCUACCCAUGCGAUAAAUCCCCUCAUUUCCUGCGUCUCGGAGACGUGGAGGUGAACGCCGGGCAGAACGCCACAUUUCAGUGUAUCGCCACAGGACGAGAUACAUCGAAUAAUAAACUCUGGCUACAGAGGAGAAAUGGAGAAGAUAUUCCAGUAGCUCAGACGAAAAAUAUCAACCACAGACGAUUCGCCGCCUCCUUCCACCUCAAAGAAGUCACUAAUCAGGACCAAGAUCUGUACCGCUGCGUCACCCAAUCAGAGCGUGGCUCCGGGGUGUCUAACUUUGCAGGCCUUAUCGUCAGAGAGCCUCCACACCCCAUAGCUCCACCCCAGCUGCUAGGUGUCGGCCCUACAUACUUGCUGAUUCAGCUCAACGCUAACUCCAUAUUUGGGGAUGGACCUAUUAUACUGAAAGAGGUUGAGUACCGCAUGACAUCAGGCAGUUGGACGGAGACUCACGCUGUCAACUCUCCCAACUAUAAGCUGUGGCAUCUUGACCCAGACACAGAGUAUGAAAUCCGAGUCUUACUAACCAGACCAGGAGAGGGCGGAACAGGCAAACCAGGACCAGCACUCAUUACCCGGACCAAAUGUGCAGAGCCUAUGCGGACUCCUAAGAGGCUGAAGAUUGCUGAGACCAGGGCUCGCCUGAUAGCGGUGGACUGGGAAUCGCUGGGUUACAACAUCACUCGUUGUCACACCUUUAACGUCACCAUUUGUUACCAUUACAUGACCGCAAACAACCGGAGCAAGGCUGACUGUUUGGACAUGGACCCAAAAGCACCACGUCACCUUGUAGGUAACCUGCCACCCUAUACCAACGUGAGUCUGAAGAUGAUACUGACCAAUCCAGAGGGGCGAAAAGAGAGCGAUGAGACUAUCAUCCAAACUGAUGAAGAUGUUCCAGGUCCAGUUCCCAGUCAGUCAGUACGAGCAACUCCAUUUGAAGACAGAAUUCUUCUUUACUGGAAGGAACCAUCUGAACCCAACGGAAUCAUCAUACAAUAUGAGAUCAGCUAUGGCGGUGUGCGUUCAUUUGACCCUUCGGUGCCUCUACAGCGGCCAGGACUCACGGUGUCUUUGCCCUCUAAUGCCACCCAUCACCUCUUCUCCCAGCUCCACCCAGGUGUCACUUACCAGCUCUCUAUACGAGCAUCCACCUCCAAGGGGUUCGGUCCUGCAACUACACUCAACGUGACUACUAAUAUUUCAGCUCCAACAAUAGAUGAGUAUGAUGGGUCAGAGGCCUUUCUGAAUGAAACCGCAACUACCAUCACAGUCCUGCUCAAACCUGCCCAGGCAAAAGGAGCACCUAUAAGCGCGUACCAGAUUGUGGUGGAGGAGGUGAAUCCACGGUCACGUCGUCAGGCCACUUCUGACUGUUACGAGGUUCCUGUGUCCUACCACAGUGCAUCUAGCGGUGGAUCUCCGUAUUAUUAUGCAGCCCAGCUGUCCCCCAGCAACCUGCCUGAGCCACUCCCCUUCACUGUGGGAGACAACAAGACAUAUCAGGGUUUCUGGAAUCCUCCACUGGCUCCAAGAAAGAACUACAACAUCUACCUUCAAGCUGUUAGCAGCACAGAGCGGGAAACUAAGACACAGUGUCUAAGGCUAGCUACUAAAGGUGCUACAGAGGAGCCAGAGGUCAUCCCUGACCCCGCCAAACAGACUGAUCGUGUGGUAAAGAUCGCUGGGAUCAGUGCUGGUGUCCUCGUCUUUAUACUGCUGGUGCUGGUAGCCAUCCUGUUGGUCAAGAAAAGGAAACUGGCUAAAAAACGUAAAGACGCCAUCGGAACAACACGGCAAGAAAUGACACAUAUGGUGAAUGCCAUGGAUCGCAGCUAUGCUGACCAGAGCACUCUGCAUGGAGAAGACCCAAUGGCUGUGACCUUUAUGGACUCCCACAACUACAAUAACAGAUAUGAGAACCAUACCGCCUCUGCAGCAGAGAACAGCAGGCUUUUGGAUGUUCCUCGGUAUCAUUGUGAGGGAACUGAAUCUCCAUAUCAGACGGGACAGCUCCACCCUGCCAUCAGAGUGGCUGACCUCCUGCAGCACAUCAACCUAAUGAAAACAUCUGACAGUUACGGCUUUAAGGAGGAGUAUGAAAGUUUCUUCGAAGGCCAGUCGGCCUCCUGGGACGUGGCCAAGAAGGAGCAGAACCGCACCAAGAACCGCUAUGGGAACAUUAUAGCAUAUGACCAUUCAAGGGUUAUUCUCCAGCCCAUAGAAGACGACCCCUCCUCCGACUACAUCAACGCCAACUACAUCGAUGGGUACCAAAGACCAAGCCACUACAUUGCUACUCAGGGUCCUGUCCAUGAGACAGUGUAUGACUUCUGGAGGAUGGUGUGGCAGGAACAGUCAGCCUGCAUCGUAAUGGUAACCAAUCUGGUGGAGGUUGGAAGGGUCAAGUGCUACAAGUAUUGGCCAGAUGAUGCAGAGGUGUAUGGAGACUUCAAGGUGACUUUUGUGGAAGUUGAACCUCUUGCUGAAUAUGUGGUUCGCACAUUUACUUUGGAGAGGCGUGGUUUCAAUGAGGUGCGGGAAGUCAAGCAGUUCCAUUUCACAGGUUGGCCUGAUCAUGGAGUUCCAUAUCACGCCACGGGACUACUUUCCUUCAUCCGCAGAGUUAAAAUCUCCAAUCCACCCUCUGCUGGGCCAAUUGUGGUCCACUGCAGUGCUGGAGCAGGACGUACAGGCUGUUUCAUAGUAAUUGACAUCAUGUUGGACAUGGCGGAGAGAGAAGGGGUGGUCGACAUCUACAACUGUGUGAAGGCUCUUCGCUCCAGGAGGAUCAACAUGGUACAGACUGAGGAGCAGUAUAUAUUCAUCCAUGAUGCCAUACUAGAGGCCUGUCUAUGUGGAGAAACAGCCAUACCAGUCUGCGAGUUUAAAGCUGCGUUUUACGAGCUGAUCCGCAUCGACUCCCAGACCAACUCGUCACAUCUGAAGGAUGAGUUCCAGACUUUAAACUCGGUGACUCCCCAGCCUCAGCCUGAAGAUUGCAGCAUUGCAUUGUUGCCUAGAAACCAAGAUAAGAACCGCUUUAUGGAUGGCCUUCCUCCUGAUAGAUGCCUACCCUUCCUCAUCACAAUAGAUGGAGAAAGCAGCAACUACAUCAAUGCUGCUUUGAUGGAUAGCUACAGACAGCCUGCUGCAUUCAUCGUUACCCAGCAUCCUUUGCCUAACACCGUCAAAGACUUCUGGCGUCUGGUUUAUGACUAUGGAUGCACCAGCCUGGUGAUGCUGAAUGAGAUUGACCUCGCUCAGGGUUGUCCCCAGUACUGGCCAGAAGAGGGCAUGCUGCGUUACGGGCCAGUCCAGGUGGAAUGUAUGUCCUGCUCGAUGGACUGUGACGUUAUCAGCCGGCUCUUCAGAGUCUGCAACCUCACCAGGCCUCAGGAGGGUUACUUGAUGGUUCGUCAGUUCCAGUACCUGGGCUGGGCGGGACACAGAGAAGUCCCCGCCUCCAAACGGUCCUUCCUCAAACUGAUCCUGCAGGUCGACCAGUGGCAGCGUGAAGGAGAGGAGGGAGAGGGAAGAACCAUAGUCCAUUGCCUAAAUGGAGGUGGGCGAAGUGGAGUAUUCUGUGCCAGCAGCAUUGUGUGUGAGAUGGCCAAGAGGCAGAGUGUGGUGGAUGUGUUUCAUGCUGUAAAGACCUUGAGGAACAGCAAACCUAACAUGGUGGAUACUCCGGAGCAGUAUCGCUUCUCCUACGACCUGGCACUGGAGUUCAUCGAGUCCUCCUAAAUACAGGAGAGAAGAAGAGGAGGAGGAAGUGGAGUAGAGCAGGAGAUCAUCUUUUCACUUCCCGCGUGCUCGAUCCUUUGCUUUCGCUCUGCCCCAGCUCCUCUGCCCCCUCUGCGGCAGCGGCCAUUCUGUAGCACCUGUUUUGCAUCCCCUACAAAUGGCAAAAUUGGCUUUAAGCAGGAAGUGUGCAGAGGAGGAGUGCAGCAGAGGAGGAGAUGUUUACUCCUGUAUGCUUAUUGUACAGCUUUUCGAGUGCCAGCGGGCCCCUGUAUGUUUUGGGCCCCCAUUUAAAUGUUACGCCUCUCACCACAGCCCGCCAACCCUGCGCUCCCAUGGACCGGAUGCCUCAUGCUGUUGCAGCUGCAGUACUCCAUGUGAACUGUAGAUGUCUCCCUCCCGCUUUUUGCCAGCUGCAACCACAGCUUUUGAUUAACUGCAAGUUCAAGUUUUCAGUGGCCCCACAUUUCUGCUCAUGCUAGUUUUUGAGUAGUUUUACAGUGUCGGGCAUCUCAUCAUGGUGAUGUUUUAAUAUUUGCAGCCGGUACUUUUGUACAAGAACAAGAAACUUAAAGUUACAGCCUGGCCAAACUCUGUGAAUGCUUCUGUUUUCUACUCCAUACAUCAGCAGCACCAUCUUCAUGUUUUUCAGGUCAUUUCAGUGAACAUUAUUACGUAUUUGAGUGCUUCAUCGCAUCUCUCAACCCAUUUACUUUGGUGACAUAGAGUAGAUCAUAGAGAUGCAGAAAAUAACCUAUAUGUCAGUAUAAGUUUGCUUAUUAGAUAAAGUAGUAUCUUUGAAACAAAGCUGACAAUGAAACAAAAACAGAAAGUUUACAUGGGGAGUUUUAGGAUUUUAGGGUUGUUGUUUUUUUUGUUUUUUUUACAAUAUCAUGAAGUGGCAACUUGAACGAUCUCGUGUAGGAUUUUCACUAAAAAAAUAUCUGUUAAAACAAAGUGUGAUAUGUAUCAUUGUUUAUGUUUUCUGCAAGCUGCAGAGUUGAUUUUCUCUGAUUGCUUUUGUAGCAUAAUUUACUGAUCUACUGGUUAGAAGUUUUGAAGUCUUCUUUGUACCCCAAAUUGUAAAAUUGAACACUUCAGAUUCUUUAUUUCAGCCAUGUGACAUUUGCUUAAUCAUGUUUAAUUCAGGGCUGGGCCCAAUGCACUUUCAAUUCAGCCAAUUCACAAAUGGAAUCAUUUUAAAACUCUAACAGAAAUCAAUUUUGGGUGCAACAGGAUUGGUCUGUUGGCCUGUAGAAAAGACUGAUAAGAAAACACUCUUUCUUAAACUGGUAAAUGACACUUUCCAUUUAUGGUUUGAAUGGAAUUGGAAGUGAACUGACCCCAGGCCUCGCUUGUUUUGUGCACUGGUGGCCAACACUUUUCUCUUUUGUUUUAUUAUUAUUUUGUAGCUGAUGUUUAUUCAUAAGCCAAAGACUUUGUGUAAAUAUGUCUAUAUGGAUAAAGCACAUUGUUUGUAUUUAUUGUUUGUUUACUUGCAUUGCUUGUAAGAACAAUCAUUCUUCAUUCCAUGUUUACUCUUACCACCAGCGUUUCUUAAACUGUGGGUCGGGACACAAAAUGGGCUGCGAGUCUGUUUGUGUCGGGUCCCUGCAGGAUCAGAGUAUUAGUACGAUUUAACGAGCCCGUUAUUAACGAGCCCGAGGUGAGAGACUGCAUCUGCUCAAUUUGAGUCCAUGAAGAAAAGUUUAAGAACCCCUGAUCAAAGCUGUAUAUUAAAGCUUUAGAAGUAGUUUUUCAGUAUUUAGGUGGAAUUCAGUAGUAUUGUCUUGUUUUCACUUAAUGAAUCUGUGUGAUGUUACUGUGGUUUAUUUGUGCAAAAGCCCAUUGCUCUGUUUGUGGUCAGUAGAACAUCAGUGCAUUUCUAUGCACAGAGUAUUUUGGAUAAUAGCUCCUAUCCCUCUUAACGUCUCAGUUGGGAUAAGCUGUUUAUCUUCAUCUUCAUAUCCUGCUCACCAUUAUCCCUGAAUACACACUGACUCAGUGAUGCAAGCAGGCGUAGUGAGUGAUACAAGCAGGGCUG